AUGUGGCUCAUACCUACAGAAACGUCGAUGACAGGAUUAUGGACAACGGAUCAAGCCAAUCCAUACUUCGUGUUACAACGUCGUCGAGGACAUGAUGAACAACGUUCUGGCUUUGCUAGUUAUCUUGUAGCAAAAAUUGAUUCGGUGCUAGAUGCGAAAAACCAUCACUAUCGAAUACUUCAUACGCGUCCUGAUUCGCGAGUUUCUUAUUUGAUUGCCGAAUCGGCUAAAAAGGAAGAAAUCGAGGAACAUUGGAAAUGGAUUCAAAUACAUCUGAUGCCAAUAAUUGGCGAAAUCGAUGUCGGUAGGGACAUAACCCAAUUUGUUCAUGGAAAAAUUGAAUGUCUGUGCGCAGAAGCAGAUGAUAAAGAAAUUGAAGAUUUAGAAACAGAGAAGUUCAAAGCUGCAGCGAAGAAAUUCUAUAAGGUAUUCAAUAUGCCAUCUGAUGAAAAACUUGUUACCUAUUAUUCCUGUUUUUACUGGAUCGGCCGGGUACCACGCGAUGGCUGUCUAUUUUUAUCUGUGAAUUAUCUUUGUUUCUAUUCGAAUAUACGUGGAAAAGAGUUCACUCUCGUGGUGAAAUUUACGGAUAUUAUGUCACUUCAACGUGUCCAUGUAAUUGUUUCGGAAGUUAUACGUGUACGAACACGUCUACACGAGUAUGAAUUCGGAAUGUUUAAAAAGAUUGAUGAAGUAUAUCAGAUAACAGUACAAAUAGCGGAUUUCGCUGCGAAAAAAUUAUUAUCUCAGAAAGGUGCAUUCCAAGAAGAGAAUUUCUUUCCAGCUGUGACUAAAAAAACAGCUCCCAAAGUUAUGUCUCAAUUGAAACGUGAUUUUGACGCUAAGUCUCGUAGUGAAGCAUACCGGUAUCGAUUUCGCUUACCAUUAAAUGAACGACUCGACGGCGAGAUCGCUUGUCAUUUAUGGACAGCAUACGAUCGUUCUAGCGUACUUGGUAAAUUGUACAUCUCGUCGAAUUUCGUGUGCUUUGCGAGUAAAAACUAUCAUCAGGUUAGCUUGAUCAUUCCAUUUCGUGAUAUUUCGCAAAUUAAUAAGCGAAUAGACGAUACUAAACAAACAGAUCUCGACAUACCGUCAGCGUUGGUAAUAACAAUGAAAAAUCAGGGCGAACCAUUCACAUUUUCACAUUUUGAUGACCGAGAAUUUAUUCUUCAAAAAUUAUCGGACUUCUUACACCAACGUAAAGAACCAGUAAAAUCAACCGAUAAUGAAUCAGAUAUAGUUAUGUCUACACCACUCUACCAUUCAUUUGUUAACGAUUACAACGAACAACGGCAAGCCCUGGAAAAAAUCCGUGAAGCUGAUUGGGCAGCCCAUUUUCUGACUUAUGGCCAAGGUCCAACAAUGUAUCGAACAAAUAAUCUAUAUGAUCUUCUAUUUCAAGGCAUUCCAGAUUCCUUACGAAAUGAAUUAUGGUUAAUAUUUAGCGGUGCUGUCUAUGAUAAAGCAGCUAAUGAAAAAACGUACGAAAGAUGUGUCCAUGAAUCCAGACUAGCUCAAACAGGUCAAGAUAUGAUCAAUGAAGAAAUCGAACGCGACCUCUAUCGUGCACUACCCGAUCAGAAAGCAUUUCAAAACGAAUCCGGCAUUAAUGCUCUCAGAUGUUUACUACGAACCUAUGCGUGUUACAACAAAGAUGUAGGCUACUGUCAAGCCAUGAAUAUCAUUGGUGCCGUACUUUUGCUGUACAUGAACGGAGAAGAUGCGUUUUGGACUUUAGCAGCAGUAUGUGAAAGACUAUUACCAGAUUAUUACAAUACGAAAGUCGUUGGCGCAUUGAUAGAUCAAGGUGUAUUCAGUGACUAUUGCAAACAGUACAUGCCUGAUUUGUAUGAAAAAUUGGAGAAACUUGGUAUCGCUGCAUGUAUCACUCUCUCUUGGUUUUUAACGCUUUUUAUCUCUGUCGUUCCAUUCGAUUCGGUGUUGUAUAUCAUUGAUAUAUUCUUCUACGACGGAAUCAAAGUUCUAUUUCAGUUAGCAUUAACGAUCCUCAGUGAAAACCGCCAAAGUCUCUUGAAAUGCGAAGAUGAUGGCGACGCGAUUGUUGUUCUAACACAAUACUUCGAGAAAAUCUCAGACAAGACUGAUAUCAAAGAAGAACGAAAAAUUGUUCAAUUAAUUAAAAAAUCCUAUUCAGAAUAUAAUGGUAUUAACGAAGAAGACAUCAAUCGUUCACGUUUAAAACAUCGCCUGAAAGUGAUACAAAACAUGGGUGAAUCAUUAUUACAAUCCGCUGCUAAGAAUACCGUCAAAUAUACGAAAUUCAACGAACAAGAAAUAAAAAAUCUGUUUUAUGUGUUCAAAGAUGUUUCACGCAUAUCGCUAACGGAAGCGAAUGACCCUCGGAAACUCGCAUACGAAACUUACCGAAUCAAUCGCAAUGAGUACUUGAUUUUAUGUAAAUAUCUAUCACCGUGGUUCAUUGGUGAAAAUGCCGAAGUUCUGGCAAAUAAAUUAUUCGACUUAUUUUCUGUGAAUGAAACAUCGAAUCAAAUUGAUUUUAUUCAUUUUAUUCGUUUAUGGAAUAUUUUAUGGAAUGGCGAUUUUCGAGAUAAGCUAAUCAUUUUAUUUCUUGCACAUUUAGAAAAUGUUAGAACACGCGAAGAAGCGAAAGUCGAUCAAUUGACUUAUUAUCAUCGACGAGAGAACAACAACAACANCAAAGAUCAUCGAUCAUUCUAA